AUGCAGUGCAUUCCUCCCAUGCCUCCCCUAUUAGUUAAAAUAAAUACAUUCGCCGGCCAUUAUCAAUUGGACGUCCACACGUCUAUGGCGGAGUGCUGCCCGGGGGGGAGGGUGCUGGCCCCGGGGCGGGGGGAGGGGGGUGGUGACGUCUCCAUCUCCAGAUCAAUGUUCUCCUCACCUGCACUUUUAAUUCUCGAGACUGGACUGGACGUCUGUCUCUGA